UAACAGAUUGCAAAAGUUUCAUAUUCUUGUCUUUUUGUAUGUUAUCUCCAACUUGUAGAUUUUAAGUAUAUCUUUCUAUAGGCCUGAAAUGGUAUGGACUAAAGAGCAUGAUGUUUUGUUGACAAGAUGAAUUCUAGUAGCCAAGCCAUUUGAAUUCAAGUUUUGCUCUAAGGAAAGGGGGCAGGCAUGGGAUAAGGUUGCCGAGUCAUUGAAUUUGGUGUAACAAAUUACAUUCGCUGUAGAUCAGAGGAGUGUAAGGGAGAGAUAUGCUAAAUUAGAAAAGGCCUUUAAAAAAUUUUUGAGGGAGGAAGAAACAGCGAGUGGAAUUAGCCCUGAAGUACGUGAGCUUGAUGAAGCCAUCGAAAAUAUAAUAGAGGCAUCUGAAAAUGCAGAAAAGGAACUGAUGGAAUCCCAAAAUAACAAGAAUAAACAGUCUGAAAAAGAAAGAGAAACAGCAGAGAGUGUCAGGAAAGAUCAAUGGAGAGACUGUCUCAGACAAGGGACAGAGAGGGCCUAGAAAGUUCAAAGAAAAAAAAGAGAUCUGGAAUUGACAUGGUUGAGUAUUUACAGGAUAAAGAAACUAGAGAAGAAAGCCAAAAAAGGUUGAUAUUGAGAUCAGAGAGAGACAAUUAGAGCGGGAAGAAAGGAUACAUAAUGACAUGUUUCUUAUAAAGAAGUAUGAACUUAAGUUAAAAGAAAGAGAGCUGGCUAUUCUUGAAAAACAGCAGGAGGACAGGGCCAAAAGAGGUGGGGAAUUGUUGGAGUUUAUGGAAAAAAUAUUGAGCAACAGGUUCGCUUGGGAAAUGGCAAUAAUUAUAUUUGACAAGAUAUUUAGUUUCAAAUUUUUGCUGUAGUGCUGGCUGUGUAUUUAAAAAUUUAAUUUUCUUCUAUUUAAAUCCUUAAUUGAUUUUUGUCGUGUCUGUUACUUGUGAAAAACUUUCUGCGAAUUUGGUAGGUUUUAAAAAAGCUGUUUGUGGUUUAUAAAUAAACCUUUAUGAAGGAAUUACUCCUUGCUAAAAUAUCGAUCAAGGGCUGGAGGUUGAACAUCAAAAAAUUUGGAUGUGCUGUUCCCAUAGAGGCAAGUCAUUGCAUUACGAAGAAAUGCACACACAAUAUAAAACUUUUCAACAGCACUGAGUCCAAUCUUUAAGUCUUUCUUGAAAUCGGUAAACUUAAAAUAGUUUACGAUGUCGCCAAAGACCCAUUCAACUCAGACUCUAACCUGGCUCAAAGAUUGAUUGAAGGCUCUCCUUGCAAACGGGCAUUGGAGGUGGACUCUGUGAGGGUAGGCAGGAUGAUAUUCAUAUUUGUAUAUAGUCUUAAUUAAAAAAUCCUUCUCAAAUCCUUUUUAAUAAACAUCUGUACUUUGGUCUUUUAAUUUUUUGAUUUUAAUUUUAAUUUUGAAUAAUAAACUAGCAAGUAUCCUGAUUUCCCAAACCUAAUCCUGUUACUUUAGUUCCAUUUUGCUUAGUUAAAUAAAUAAAAUUUUAUCUAAUCUUGUUUUCUUAGCUGUUAUUGUUAUGUUACUAUUAACAUUAUUUGUUUCAUUCAUAUCGCACUUUGCUUGUUAGCUCUUCUGUUUUUUUUCCAAAUGUCCUAAGCUUACCUAAUUAAUAUUAAAUCGUAUUAUCAGUAUAUUGUAAUUAAAAGUUUGAAUUAUCAAUAUGAAAUUAAAUGAAAUGUUGGUGAUAAAGAAUAUGUCUCCAGCUCCUCCAACAAACCAGACAUUGCCAAUAUCCCACUGUCGUGUCGCCUUCCUUCAACUGGUCCAAAAAAUUAGCAAUUAUACCGUUCGGUGCAACAACUGACUGAAACUUUAUCGCAUGUACUCUCUUAUGCCCAUUGUAAAGUACUCGUUGGUUUUGUUUUGGCCUACAAAUAGGUCGCACAGCACCAUCGAUGAAACCCCAGCAGUUAUCGAGAGCAGAGCCUUUCUGGUAAAUUGCAUCUGCAUAUCUUUGUAAAUUUUCUCUUGAAAGAAAAGCCUGGUUUAGACUUCUCAAGAGCUGCCCGUGUGUUUCAACCAUUAAGUCAAUCACUUUAUUUGUUAUCAUGCACAGCUGUGGAACUGGCCUACCAAACCUUGGUACUAAGUCUUUAAUUACAUUUCGAAAAGAUCACGUCCAGCCUAUCGCAAAUACACAGAAAAUAUUAAGCGAAAACAACAUGAAGCAAACAACAUGUUUUGCAGUCCUCCAGGGUGCUGUUCACUGGGUAUACCAGCGUUGUCCAGCCGCCUUUCAUAGCAUGUAGGCUCGAAUAGUACAGAGCAGAGUACUGAUGUCGAAGUUGGCUUACAAUUAUGGCAAUGUCUUCUCACGAAGGUUACCCAUUUUGGUAGAAGUUUCAUCUUUGCAGUAUUUUGACAGCUAAUAACAUUGGGAAUGCCAGCAGCCCAAAACUUGCUGCCUCAUCGAGAAGGCUUCAAGUGUGUUGACUGUUUACUUUCCGCCAUUAUUGACAAUAUCAGGAUGCUUGCAAACCUUCUGCAGUCACGGGUCAAAAAGGUGUCAACUGACCACGUAGACCAAUUUUGAGAAAAAUGGCAACUUUGCGUCUAAAUAUGUGCUGUUACUGUUGUGCAAGAGACUGUAUCACAAUAAACAGUUGCUGUAAAAAUGCUGCCCAAAAACCAAUGAGAUGAAAUUGGACAGAUUUUUCAAAGGAAGCUGAGAUUAUGCAAAGCCUCAAGGAUGAGCAUAUACGUGGCUGAAGAUGUUAUAUGAAACUUUCCAAGAGCUGUCAACAGAUUCAGGUAAAAAAACUGCGACUAUAAGCCAAUGGAGGCAUAUCAACUUUUAAAGGAACUGGAUUUUGUCUCUUUUCUAUCUCUGUCUUUUGACAUCCCAGUAGAACACACUGUAUUCUCCGAGAAAGGUAUGGCGAAUCUUGUAGAAGCAAUUGAAAAGAUGGUGUCCUUUGAGGUAUGUGGUGUGCAUGUUUGUGAGCCAUGCUCUUUUUUGUUUGGUUGGAAUGGUGAGCAUUUAUUCGUUACUUGUCAAUGGUGAGCAUUUAUGGUGAGCAGGUCCUGUUGCCGAUCAGCUUGGUGGCACCCCAUACUGGCCCUAUAAUCGUGUCAAAACCAGAAAUUGAAAGAGGGAACAAUAUUUGUUGUUGGAUUUGGAAUACACUUUAUGAAUCUGUGAUUGCCGCAGAGAGCAGACAAUUGCUAUCAAUUCUAUUAAUUGACACUAGAAGGUAAUUAUUGCGAUAUUGCUAAAUUGUUUGCAUGGUCUAAUUUGACUAAUUUGACUAAUUUGAGCUUUUUAGCAAUGGUCAUUGAGGACAAGUUGAUGGUAGCACUUUCAAAUUCUAAUUUCUUUCCAAUCGUGGCUUCAUCAUUGAAAGGACAUUUAUUGACUCUCUAAAAACUGUAGAUGUGUGCAAAAGAAAAAACUUAUUGUUUUUUUUAAAAAAAUCUUUGAAUCUGAAUCAAAUGAUUUUCAGAAUACUGUGUAAAAAUCUGUAACAAUAGAUCAUCAAGUGGCAACUUUUUAACAAGGUGACAAAGCCCUGGCAGAUGAUUGGAAUCGACUUGAUGGGUGCCUAACCUAUGACAGGAUAAGGCAAAAUGCAUUUUAACAUGCACCGAUUACUUCACAAAGUGGGUAGAAGCAUUUGCAAUAUCAAGAAAGUCAGUGAAAGAAGUUGCAUGUUGCUUGGUGAAGUUGUUUUGCCGCCAUGUGUCCCCUAAACAAGUUUUACCUGGCUGAGGAAGAGAUUAUGCAAUUUAUCUAAGUUCUCAACACGAGUGUACUGACUUGAUCUGAUACCAAUCCAAAUCUAGACACCCCACAACCACUUUUUUCUGAAAGAAUGGAGCUUUUGGCAAAAUAGUAUGCUAAUAAUUUUUAAUUUGCCUUGUCCUCCAUUUUUCAUUAUUUCAAGUCCCCAUGGAAUCAACAAAGUGUGGUUUCUGUAUAUAGAUAUUGCUAAGCCUCUGUUGUUAUUGCUAGAGUUCUUACACAGUGUCUAAAUCCAAUUAUUUUUUCACAAUAAUACAUCUUUAAAGCGGAUAUUGUUCUUUUAUUUUUCACAUCUCUGCCAAUACAGAUUUGUAGGCUGAAAAAUCGAAAAAUGGCUUUGAUUAUGUUUUGAUCUUAUGUUAUGAAAAUGCCAGUCCCUCAGGUGCUAUAGGCAAAAGCUAUAGUGCCUGAAGAUGUGCCCCUCAGGUCGGAUGGCACUCAACUUGCUACUGAGGAAGGGUGCAGCUCUGGAUUGAGUAAUUCUAGCAAUAAUGAAGCUGUUGUACUAAACCCAUUAGGGCGUAUGAUAGCUGACACUGCAGAGGAUGAAAAACCAAAGCAGUUCCGCAACAACAAAAACCACACAAUUGCAACCUGGAAUGUUAGAACGAUGAAUCAAGGAAAGUUGGAAGUUGUAAUAAAUGAAAUGGACAGAAUAAACUUAGACAUACUCGGAAUAAGUGAAAUGAGAUGGACAGGGUGUGGGGAUAUUAGAAAAGGUGAUCACACAGUGUACUACUCAGGACACCAAAAAUACAAGAGAAAUGGAGUUACCAUUAUUGUCAAUAAAAAGAUAAGCAAAUCAGUGCUAGGAUAUAACAUGGUUAAUGACAGAAUAAUUGCAUUAAGACUUCAAGGACAUCCUUUCAACACCAGCAUAAUACAAAUAUAUGCACCAACCACAGAUGCCGAUGAUGAUGCAAUAGAACAGUUUUACACAGAGCUACAGAAAGUGCUAGAUAAUAUACCAAAGAAAGAUAUGUUGUUUUUAAUUGGAGACUGGAAUGCAAAAGUGGGAAAUAAUGAAGAAAAAGGAGUCACUGGAUUUUGACUAGGAGAGCAAAAUGCUGCAGGAGAACGAUUAAUAGAAUUCUGCAUUGAAAACGAAUUGUUCAUAGCCAACACUAUGUUCCAACACAAACGCAGACUAUAUACAUGGACAUCACCAGAUGGUAAUUAUAGGAAUCAGAUUGACUAUAUCUUGGGCAGGAAGAGAUGGAAAAGUGCGAUACAGGCAGUCAAAACUCUUCCUGGAGCUGACUGUGGAACAGAUCAUGAGCUGCUUCACGCCACUAUCAAAGUAAAGCAAAAAAGAUAAGACAGCAACAUGCGCAAGCUAGAUAUGAUUUAACAAAGAUACUGCCAAACUUUACAAUCGAGCUAUAGAAUCGUUUCUCAUGUCUAGAAUCACAGGACACUAGUGUUGAGCAAUUAUGGCAGACAACAAAAGAUAUCAUCGUUGACACUGCGGGAAAAAACAUUCCUAAGAAAGAGAGAAAAAGAAAAUCACAUUGGUUAUC